GGCAAGGUGGCCCCCGUCGCCGGCAGCCUGGCUCACAAGCUGGCCCCGGGGCGGCUGCGGGAGCGCUGGGUCAUCCAGGCCAUGCAGGCGCUGGGCGUGGUGGCCGCGCUCUUCCUGGCGCUCUUCUGGCACCGCACGGCGGAGGUGGCCGGGGAGCCCCGCAGCCUGGCCUUCCUGCUCCUGGCCUUCCUCCUGGCCUUGGUGUGCUGCAACAUCCGGGCCCUGGCGGUGCGGCGCCCCUGCCCGCCCCUGCUGCAGAGCCCCGCCGGGGGGGCGCUCAUCGUGCUGUGCUGGGUGCUCUUCGUGGGGACGCUCUCCUACGUGAAGCUGAUGAUCGGCGUGAUCCUGCGGGACGAGGGGCGCAGCGCCCUGGUGUGGUGCGGGGCCGUGGUGCAGCUGGGCUCCAUGCUGGGGGCCCUCACCAUGUUCCCGCUGGUCAGCGUCCACAGCCUCUUCCGCGCCGGAGACCCCUGCAACACCCGCUGCCCCGGCUGAGCCG